AUGCCGGCGCCAAGCAGGCCAGUAACUGCUGAAGAGACAGGUCUUACGCAGAUCACUGGCCCGCAAUGCCCAAAAGCGCUGUUUGUGGUCAUCAUCAAAGCAAAGGUCCAUGUCAACUCUUCUCCACCGCUCAUUUACUCCGUAUCCUUUUGCCAAUUUGGUCGUCGCUUCGAGCUGCCAACGAUUUGCCAGCCCCGCUCACAGACGCAUACGAGGAGUUGCUGUGUCGUCAGGCAUGGCGAUGAACCAAAACAACAAACGAGCGUCGACUAG